AUGAAUCCAUACAUGAGCUGGGCCAUUGUGUUGGUGGUGGCCGGGGGAUUGGGCUACUACUACUCUAAUACAUCGAAGCCCAAGAGCCGGGCACCGAUUCGCGCCGUUCCUGAGAAAGAGAAAGAGAAAGCCGAAGCUAUCCUGCCACCCCCCAAGCAGAAGAAACCAAAGACCCGCAAACAGCCCGAGUCGACGCCAAUAGUGGCUAGCAAGUCUACCUCUUCGAGCACUCUGGUUGACACCACGAACGAUGAGGCGGAGGAAGGCAUUGAUAACAAAGAAUUUGCCAAAAGAUUGGCUGCUGCCAGGUCCGGGGUGUCAGUUGGUGAAACCAAACCCAAGGCCCGCAAAGAGAAGCACGCCAAAGCAGCAGUGCAGGAAAGCACCGGCAGCGAACUAUCGACACGGGCUCCAUCAAGCAAUGGAGCAGAUGCUGAUGACGACCUGUCUUCCACUGACGUUGUCUCUCCCUCCGCUGGUGAUGUUUCCGACAUGCUCGAACAGCCAGCCCCUGGGCCUUCCGUCCUCCGAUUGACGGGCUCAUUCGAGACCAAAGAGAAGAAAGCCAAGGCACCGGCAUUCAAGCCAGUCGAAACCAAAAAGCAGCGUCAGAACAGACAGAAGAACGAGAGUCGAAAGCAGGCCAAUCAGGAGGCGGAAGCCGAGCGGCGCAAGCUCCUGGAGAAGCAGCUCCACACAGCCCGCGAAGCAGAGCGUCGGGAAGCUGGCCGGAAACAAUCUGCCGCCCCGGCUACGAACAAUGCCUGGGCGAACAACACUACCAAUGGCAUCCAUGCAACAAGAACGACGCCCGCACCUGCAGUCAAUGCUGCCCUUCCCCUUCUCGAUACUUUCGACCCUACCGCCCCUACAACAUCAACCAGCCAGGCGGGAAGCUCGAGCACUUGGACCAACAACCUGCCUCCAGAGGAGGAACAGAUGCGUAUUCUCGGUAUAGCUGCCCCAAGCGUCGACGAGGAUUGGACUACAGUGUCAUCAAAGAAGGAAAAGGCCAAGAAGAAGGCCAAGGCAGAUGACAGCGCCAACGAAGCUAGUGCUCCCGAGACUGCUCCUCCUACCGUUGAACCCGAGCUGCAGCACCACCAGGCCCCUGGAUGGGAGGCUCCAAAGGUCACGGAAAUCCCAGUACCGCGAGGGAAGAACCACCCUCUUGACUCGGACUGGGCUGCAUAA